CAAAUGUUAGUUACACAGCAAGCAGGCAUGGCGUCCUUCAGUCAGAGACACAAGUAACAGACAGUUAUAUAUUUGCCCUUUUUUGUAUCCAUUACGGUUGUUUUUUUUGUAUGUAGCUGUAGAUAUUCCUUCACAAUGGCGACCAGGACCGUGUGUCGAGUUCUCCCGCGCCGCUUUGCCUCUGCCGCAGCGGUUGUGCGUCCCCUGACCGCCGAGGUGCGCAGCCAGCGCAACGCCGUCUUCUCCAGAGAGCAGGCCAGGCAGCGAGCUCUGUACCCUCGCAUCGAGAAGAUAGAGGUGUCCAUGCAGGGCCCGGGGCUGGAUGGCACUCUGCUCAUCAUGAACAGAGGAAUGUCCACUCCGCUGAGCUGUGCCAGACACCUGACAGAGCAUCACGUGACCAACUCGGCGCUGGCCCUGGUGGACGGGGAACCGUGGCCUCUACACCAGCCCCUCACCCGCUCCUGCUCUCUCACUCUGCUCACAUUUAAAAGCAGUGACCCAACGCUGGUCAACCAGGCCUACUGGCGUUCCUGCGCUACCUUGCUCGGCCAGGUGCUGGAGACUGCGUUCAAGGACAACUUUACUGUGGACCUACUCAGCGUACCAGAGGUGCCAGUCACUUCUGGAGCCUUCUGCUGUGAUGUUGUGCUCGACCCUCAGCUGGACUCAUGGACUCCCUCUGAGGAGACGUUGCGGUCUCUGACCCGAGCGGCCCUGCAGCUAAUCCACAAGGACCUGGCCUGGGAGCCUCUGGAAGUGACGCCCUCUGUGGCACUGGAGGUCUUCUCACACAGCAGGUGUAAACAGGAAGAGGUAGAAGAGAAGGCCGCACAAAACCCCAAAGGCACAGUGACGCUCUACAGAUGUGGUGACCAUGUUCUGCUGAGUGCGGGCCCCCUGGUGGCCAGGACAGGCCUGUGCUCCCAGUAUGAGGUGAUGGCCAUCCACAACCUGGGACAGGGACCCUGGGGCCUCCACCGUCGAGUACAGGGCCUCUCCCUUCCUCUGCAGCUGAAGGGCCACCACACAGUCUGGAGGAAACUGAGGCAGCGGGCGGAGAAACUGGUUGAGGUGCAGAGACUUGAAGAAGCAACUCCACCCACUCCUCCUCCUGAAUCUACUCCUCCUCCUGAAUCUACUCCUCCCGACUCAACUCCACCUCCGACCAGCCAGUAACAGCCUCCGUGUAACCUUCCACACACACAUAGACACUUGGAUCAGAUUGUAUUAUGUGUUCAAUAAAUGUGUAAGAAUAUG